CCUCUUUUCCUGUUCUUGAGAAGCCGCUUUUGAAAGUUCAAAACUAAAACCGCGGCUCUCUCUCUCUCUUUUCACUCUGCGUCUUUUUCAACCUCUCUUUUGUUUGUUUGUUUGUCUCUUUCCCUCGUUCACUGCAAUCAUACUCCCAGUAUCUGAGCUUUCAGAAUCGAAACCAGACCUUCCUCUGACCCCCACCAAACCCAAAACCCCAAACCUUCUCACUAUACAUAUCUACACAACCCAGACUCUCAAAUUAACCAAGCAACCUGCAUUUUCUCACACAGAUUCCAUCUGGGUCUCGCUCAAAAACCCCAAAAAUGGACCAGAAAACCCCUCUCCAAACCCACCCAGAAGCCUCACCAAAACCCAACAAGAAAAGCUUCGUCACCACUUUCAUGGAAGCCACCACUCUCCGCACCCCAUCUUUCAAAGAGGACACGUACUUCGUCUCACAGCUAAAAUCCUCAGAGAAGAAAGCGCUUCAAGAGCUCAAGGACAAGCUCAUGGGCUCUGAAGCCUCCGACGGGUCCAUGUGGGGGGUUCCCCUGUUGGGCAACGACGAAAAGGCCGAUGUGAUUCUAUUGAAGUUUCUCAGAGCCAGAGACUUCAGGGUCCCUGACGCUUUCGCCAUGCUGCUCAAGUGCCUGGCUUGGAGAAAAGAGUUUGGAGCAGACGGCGUCGUUGAGGAGGACCUGGGGUUCAAGGAGCUUGAAGGAGUUGUGGCUUAUAUGCACGGCUUUGACAAACAGGGCCACCCUGUUUGCUACAACGCCUAUGGAGUUUUCAAGGACAGAGAUAUGUACGAGAGAAUUUUUGGGGAUGACGAGAAGCUAAAGAAGUUUCUGAGGUGGAGAGUUCAGGUUCUUGAGAGGGGCAUCAACGCCUUGCAUUUUAAGCCUGGUGGGAUUAACUCCAUCAUCCAAGUCACUGAUCUCAAAGACAUGCCCAAAAGAGAGCUCAGGGUUGCCUCUAACCAGAUCCUCUCUCUGUUUCAAGACAACUACCCUGAAAUGGUUGCUCGCAAGAUUUUCAUCAAUGUGCCGUGGUACUUCAGCGCGUUGUAUUCUCUAUUCAGUCCGUUUCUGACCCAACGAACUAAGAGCAAGUUUGUGAUAUCUAAGGAAGGAAAUGUUGCAGAAACACUAUACAAGUUUAUAAGGCCUGAGGACGUUCCAGUUCAGUAUGGUGGCCUGAGUCGUCUCAGUGAUCUGCAAAAUGGUCCCCCAAAACCAGCUUCCGAGUUCACUGUCAAAGGAGGAGAGAAAGUGAACAUACAGAUCGAGGGGAUUGAGGCUGAUGCUACAAUAACAUGGGAUAUAGUAGUUGGAGGGUGGGACUUGGAGUACAGUGCAGAGUUUGUGCCCAAUGCAGAAGGCAGCUACAUAAUCCAAGUGGACAAGCCAAGAAAGGUGAUGCCCUCUGAAGAAGCAAUCCACAACUCCUUUACUCCUCGUGAAGCAGGCAAGAUGGUUUUCUCGGUUGACAACAGCGCCUCCCGCAGGAGAAAGGUAGCUGCCUAUCGUUACAUUGUCCGCAAAUCGGCCUCUAUCUAAGCUAACUUCGACUAUGAAGGGGAUUUGAUUAGCUAAACUUGUAAGGUUCUCCUUUUCGCAUUUUGCUUGCUUUGUUCUUUUUGAGGGGUUUAUUUAAUCAAUGGUUGUGAACCUUUUUUUUUAGUCUGCUAAGAAGUAUUAGUACUGCAAUGUAUAAAAAUGGUGGUAGUAUGAUAUAUAUUAUUGCUUAAUAUAGAGGAAAAAACAUAUCUAUUGAACCUUGGUGUCAUACCAUCUCAAAUACUGCUCGUCUACUUGAGAUUA